AUGGCGUUGCCAAAGCGAAUCGUGAAGGAGACUGAGCGUCUUAUGGCCGAACCGGUUCCCGGUAUCAACGCGGUGCCUCACGAAGAGAACUUACGAUAUUUCGAUGUCUCGAUUCACGGACCGGCGCAGUCUCCGUAUGAAGGGGGCAUCUUUCGCCUUGAGCUGUUUUUGCCGGAAGAUUACCCUAUGACACCCCCUAAGAUCCGAUUCUUGACCAAGAUCUACCACCCCAAUAUUGACCGUCUUGGGCGAAUCUGUCUGGAUGUCUUGAAGAAUAACUGGUCUCCUGCUCUCCAAAUCCGUACGAUACUGCUCUCAAUCCAAGCGUUGUUGGGGGCUCCGAACCCGGACGACCCGCUUGCAAACGAUGUUGCUCAGCGCUGGAAGGAGGAUGAGCCCGCUGCGAUACAGACCGCCAAGGAGUGGACCAGGACGCAUGCGAUGACUUAA